AGCCAAGGCCCGGGUACCGGUGCCACAGUGACGUCAGUGAUGCCUGAGUGCGGUAUCUUUUUGCUCACUCAUCCCAUCCCUGAAUCUGAAACCGUCCACACAAACACCUACAUCGUAGUCGACAAUGAUGGUCUCUGCAGCUUCUUGUUUGUUGCUUAUCGCUGCUCUGAGCGCAGCUACAUCGUCAGACGCCUUUGUUCCUGCCAAAGCCCAGCUGAGUGGCUCGGAUCGCACAUGUUCCACAACAGCUCGAAGCAUGUCCUCUGAUGCCAGUGUAUCGACCGCCGAAGUGAUUGGAAAGGGUCGAAUUGGAUCUCUUUUUGCGGGAGAAGGCGCAACCUAUGUGGGUCGUGACGAUCCUAUCAAUCCUGAAGGGAAUGGUCCAAUUUUGGUGGCAACCAGAAACGACGCCUUGGAUGGCAUUGUGGAAAAAUGUCCCGCAAACAGACGCAAGGAUUUGGUCUUUAUGCAGAAUGGAUACCUCGACAAUUUUCUAGAAUCCAAAGGUCUCAUGGACAAUACGCAAGUUCUCCUUUAUCUGUCUGUUCCCAGCUUGGGUGUCGAUGCAGUAGAUGGAAUCACAUCUGUGAACCCCGAAGGACUGACUGCUGCCACCGGUAUCCAUGCAGAAGACUUUGCAAAGCGUCUGGCUGCUCUGAAUCUCAAAUGCAACGUGGUGACACCUGAACAGUACCGACCUGCCAUGUUUGAGAAACUCAUUUGGAUCUCCACAUAUAUGCUGGUUGGUACAGCAAAGGAAUGCAAAUCUGUGGGUGAGGCCGGAGCAGAACAUGGUGAAUUGGUAGAGAAGGUGGUGAAUGAACUGUUGGCCGCAGUGAGUGCCAAGGAAGGAAUCACAUUCGCGGCAGGCUCCAUGGCUCGAUUGGCGGCCUAUACGGAUGUUGUCGCUGAUUUCCCCUGCGGAGUCAAGGAAUUUGAAUGGCGCAAUCGGUAUUUCUACAACCUAGGCGAUGCAGCCUGUCCAACACACAACGCUCUGCUUCGAGAAUGCAAGGAGAAAGGAUUCAUUGGAUUUGAUCUUCCGUAGUUAUGCAUUAGGUAGCUACUAGGGUAUUGACUUUUGUUCAACGAAACGCUGUCCGUACGGUACCUACGAGUACACGGUUUGGCAAGCGGAAAGAAUGCAAGAUUGAAUGCAAUCUUACUCCUACCGGUACCGGUACAUUGGAUCUUACUGCUAGGUAGGAAAUUGCAGCUACUCAUUCUAUUAUAUUCAUAGGAAACCGCAGCUACUCUCCGGCCUGCUCAUGUUGCAAAUCCAUAGUCGUACCCAAUCCAACCGCUCAGCUUUUCCGUAUGACCAAGCCUCUUCACUCCACUCUUGUAGGCUUGAUCCAGGACAAUCAGGGUGGCAACUUCCGGUGAAAGAUUGUAGCGAUGAACGAGCCAUGCUGCCGCCACUCUGCCUGCUCGACCAAUACCGCCUGUGCAGUGGCACACUACCUUUUCUCCAUCAGCUUCUACUUGCCUCACCACAUCAAAGACUCGAUCACAGGCACCAAGAUCACCCAUAGGGGCGAUGUAGCAACUCAUUCCAGCUUGGGUCAACAACUCUUUCAAUCCAGGUUCUUCGUAGACAUCAAGCUCGUCCUCAUUCAGCAGGGUAACAACAUUAGUUACACCUUG